UGUUUGCUGGUCACGUGCUGAAGUGCAGUCAGUCGCUGUGCCGUGCCUCGAGCCAGCACUGAGUGGAGCCUGUCUGCCAACAGCUUCAACAGCGGCUCUACCAGGACCAUACUACACUCACUGACAAUUAAAGGAGGCCCUUUUUUCUUCUUAUUUUCGAGGACUGUUCUUCACCAUGGGUGACAAAAAGAGCCCUACCAGGCCAAAAAGACAAGCCAAACAGACCGCUGAUGACGGCUACUGGGACUGUAGCGUCUGUACCUUCAGGAACACCGCCGAGGCUUUCAAAUGCAGCAUCUGCGAUGUGAGGAAGGGCACAUCCACAAGGAAACCCCGGAUCAACUCCCAGCUGGUUGCCCAGCAGGUGGCUCAGCAAUACCCAAUGCCUCCCCCACCCAAGAAGGAGCGGAGAGAGAGGAGCGAGCGCAUAGACAAGGAGCGCCCAGAGGGUGAAGGAGAGCGAGCCAACGGAGAAGGACGCCCACAGGUCGAACGUCCAGAGAGAGUGAGGCCAGAGGGAGACACCCCUGAGAAGGAAAAGAGCGACAAGGAGCAGCCAAUCAAAGACAAACCCGACAGAGAGAAGGACAUCAGCCCAGCUCUGACGAAGAAGCCCAGCAGCAAAAAGACCAGACCCAAAUCUGACAGCCAUCAGAGUUCACCCAGUGACAAACACAGCAUACAGUCUGGCAAAUCAGCAACCAAGACCAACAAGAACUCUCACAUUUCCAGGCCCAAACUGAAGAACAUUGACCGGAGUACUGCCCAGCAGUUGGCUAUCACCGUAGGGAACGUCACGGUGAUCAUAACAGACUUUAAGGAGAAGACCCGCUCCUCCUCCACAUCUUCAUCCACCGUCACAUCCAGCGCGGGCUCCGAACAGCAGCACCAGAGCUCCGGCUCCGAGAGCAUGGACAAGGGCUCGUCGCGCGCCUCCACCCCAAAAGGGGAUCUCUCUGUGGGGCAUGAUGAAUCGUUCUGAGGUCCCGCUGCCAUCCUCCACCACCUAUGACCCACCCUUGCACCGCUCCCCCCUUCUCCCAUGUUUCUGGACACUAUGGAUCCCACAGGGGGAGAGAUUUCACCUUUUCCCAUCGCGACCCGCCUUCAUUCCACGAUCUCCCCUGGAUGCUAAGAGGAACAGUGCGGUGCCAUCUUUUACGGAAAACAAGCGCCCCCGCUUGGCGAAUAUCCCUCGUGGUUACACCUGUGGCACAGGCGAGGAGAGGUGGCCUACACGGAAUAACACCCUCAUUCCUUCCCCUCAACCCCCUCCCCAGUAGCAUCCAGACACUUGUAUGUAUUGUUUUAUAUUUGUACGUGGAUGUGAGGCCAAGUCAACUUUUUUUGUUUGUUUGUUUUGUUUUGUUUUUGUAAAGAAGAAUUCUCCGCUGGGCACAAUAACCACCACUUUUUUUAAUAACUUUAAAACUAUUAUUACCUUUAUUUAUUACCUGUUGCACCUGUAUACUUUGAUAUUCUCCUUUUUAUGUUGAAGCUUUGCUGUGUAGCUCUGCAGAUCGAUCGUUCCUUCAGUGUUUUUACUACAGUCUGAAAACAAUAGGACAACACACACGCACACUCACACACACGUCAGAUACAACACACACAUACACUCACUCACACACAUACACACACUGGUGCUAGAUACACUGUGAAGCGGUUUUGCAGAUCUGGGAUUGCCCAUUCGCUCAAUGUGAUAAAGUGCUGAUGAAUCAAAUUCUCAUUCACUUUUCUCAACAACACUGUCUCACUGAACACUGUCGGGACCUCCAGGUCCAUCUACUUUUUCUGUACAGGUCAUUGUGCAUCAGAAGAAGGUCACCUAAAGUUCAGACACCUGACCUUUUCAACUAGAUUGUCUAUGAUUUAGUAUGCUAUAGCAGAUCUCUUAUACAGUAUCUUAUGUCUUUAACUGUACAGUGUAGGCUGUUGUGUAAAACACUAAAAGCUGUCAAUAUUUUUCUGCAUUUGGUACUUAAAUAUUGAGUUUUCUGGCUGAAGGCAGAGCUGUCCUCUCAGCUGGUGAGGAGCCAGAGCAUUUUCUGUUGUGACUGAAUGAUGGUUAAAAGCAGUUCCACUUGGUAAAAACCAUAUCGAACUGUAAAAAUAGACCUGUUGUGUCAAGCUGUUGUGAGUCGAUUUUGUUUUAUUUUUCCUCCUCCACCUUCUUUCUUUUCUUUUUUUGUGGUCCUGAAGUCCACCCAGAAAACAGAGUGCAGAGACGAGAACAAUUUACAAAGAUUUACAAUUCAAUUGACUUGUUUUUAUUUGUAUUAAUUUAAGACUCCUGUCAUUGAAGGCAAAACAAUAUUGCAGUAGUUAAAUAGAAGACAAUUGUUCUUUCAAUUUUAAUGCAGCAAGGCUUAUUUAAGGGUUUUAAUUCACGUUCACCUUAGCUGAUACUAGACCAACAUAAUUUCCUUUUAACUGUAUGAAAUUGUAUAAAGAAUAAAUGUGUAUAUGAUAUCUUAGUUUUAUUUAUUGAAGGACCAAAGGAAUUUCAUAAUGACAUGAUACAUAGACAGAUGAAUAACAAUUUGAAAUGCAAUUAUCUAAUGUGUGAGAUGAAUAACAGUUUAAAUAAAGACUAAUAUAAUCCAUGUAAA